CUCAGAGCUGCUCAGUCUUCUCCUCCUGUACAGUGACUGCUGGGCACAUUUUGGAGAACAAGUCAGAGGGGAGGUAUCCAAAGAGAGGAAGGGGGGGGGUACACGCAUGCUGUGACAGGUUUUAGGACGUUUCUAUUUCUACCAGUCGAGAUGGGAAUUGAACAUCUCCAUUUUAGAUAAAUCACCGGCGGCCGGAUUUUCCCAAACAUUGCGCGCACCUCGUCCGUCGCUGCGGAUCAUCACAGCACCAUGCAAGCAGGAGAGACGCGCCCUGUGCCAUGCUGAGCGACUCCCCGACCCUCCUACUUGCUCUGACCGCGGUGGCAGGGCUUCUCCAGCGAUGCCAAAGCUGGAGCGAAGAGGACCUCCUCCUGCCGCCCAUCAACUCCUCCAACGGGUUCAUGGCCAACCUGGAGGUGGACGUUCGCUUCUCCAAAAGGUCCGUGGAGGAGAACGACGCCUCGGCCGACGCCUCCUCCCUGCAGAGCCUGUCCCAGUGCAACGUGAGCGUCCAGAGACUGCUACCUACCUCGCUGGUGGCGCGCUGGGAUAGCAGCUUCGGCUUCCAGUGUGAUGUACUCAUCUACACCACCAAUAACCACGGCAGGGCUUUUUUCUCCGCCGCCUUCAACAGGGUGAUCUCCCCUGUCGUCAUCGAGCACCUGGGGGUCACGGGGGGUCAGCAGGAGUUGAGACUGUGCGUGGGCUGUGGGAUGUCCCGGUACAGGAGGUUCAGUCAGGGCCGGUCGCGGGGCCAGCAGAGCGGGGAUCAGGUCACUUUCUGCUGCGUUGAUUUCAGCCUCGAUGAGCUUAAGGGGGACAAAAGUUGGAGGCUGAACAGGAAGCCCAUCGAGUCGACACUUGUGGCUUGUUUCAUGACUCUGGUGAUCAUCGUGUGGAGUGUUGCUGCUCUCAUAUGGCCGGUCCCAAUCAUUGCAGGGUUUCUGCCUAACGGGAUGGAGCAGAGGAGACCGAGAUAACUCAUUUAAUCUUUACUAUAAUCAGCCUGUGCUGCCUAUACUAUAACUGUAGCCAUUCAACCGUUCCCCUGAAUGAACGAUGGAGGAGCUUUGGGGAACCUUUUGAACAAAUGCUUUAGUUUUUUCGGUGACCUUUAACCCUUUAUUAGACCUCCUCCUCUUUAGCACAACCAAGGUAAAGUAUGGUGGGUUAUAGCCAAUAUUAAUCUCUACUGGGACCAAUGGAAGUGUGUUUUGUAUACUCUCGUAGGCCUUCCUAUAGAUUAUGUCUGCGUAAACUGUGCAAACUUUUCUCUUUAAACAGUGUUUGUAUAGUUUUUAACCUUUCUAGAAAGUUCCUGCCUUAUCCCAUGUGUUAGGACUUUUGCACUGAGGACUGAACUUUGAAGUGUGCUGUCACAUAUUUAACCUAUAGUCAUGUUUAAAGUAAUAUGUAUUAGUUUUUUUUCAAUGCACUAAAAGUAGAUGUUGUUUAUGACUGACUGAGAGGGUUUCAAUAUUUAUAUUGUUAGAUUUAUAAUGUUCAGUACAAUAUACGUGCUUAUUUGUAUUCAUGUUCUAAGAGUUUAAAUGAAAUAAACUUGAUUAUUAUAGGCU